CUUUUACCUAUUAUCACACGAUGUCUCCUCCAUCUGCCGUAGAAUCAUCCAUUAACUUCGAAGGUCACCCUACCAUCAAGUCCAACCAAGACCCAUUAGUCAAGCAAUUGUCUUUGGGCUCUGAAACCAUCAUUCGUCACAAUGCUCCUCCUCCAACCUUGUACGAAGACGGUUUGUUGGAAAAGGGAACUACCAUUUCCUCCACUGGUGCUCUUAUGGCCUACUCUGGUAAGAAGACCGGUAGAUCGCCAAAGGACAAGAGAAUUGUCGAUGAAGAAACCUCUUCGCAAAAUAUCUGGUGGGGUCCAGUCAACAAGCAGGUUGACGAAUUAACCUGGAAGAUUUCCAGAUCAAGAGCCCUCGACUACUUGAGAACUAGAGAAAAGUUGUUCGUCGUUGACGCUUACGCCGGUUGGGAUCCAAGAUACAGAAUCAAGGUCAGAAUUAUCUGUGCCAGAGCUUAUCACGCCUUGUUCAUGACCAACAUGUUGAUCAGACCCACUGACGAAGAAUUGGCCAACUUUGGUGAACCAGACUUCACAAUCUACAACGCUGGCCAGUUCCCAGCUAACGUGCACACCAAGGGAAUGACUUCUUCAACUUCUGUUGAAAUCAAUUUCAAGGAUAUGGAAAUGGUCAUCUUAGGUACCGAAUACGCUGGUGAAAUGAAGAAGGGUAUCUUCACUGUCAUGUUCUACUUGAUGCCUAUCAGACAUAAGGUCUUGACCUUGCACUCUUCUUGUAACCAGGGUACCGAAAAGGGUGAUGUCACUCUCUUCUUUGGUUUGUCCGGUACCGGUAAGACCACCUUGUCUGCCGACCCACAAAGAAAGUUGAUCGGUGACGAUGAACACUGCUGGUCCGACAACGGUGUAUUCAACAUCGAAGGUGGUUGUUACGCCAAGUGUUUGGACUUGUCCGCUGAAAAGGAACCAGAAAUCUUCAACUCCAUCAAGUUUGGUGCCAUUUUAGAAAAUGUCGUCUACGACCAGAACACCAAGAUUGUAGACUACGAAAACUCGGCCAUCACCGAAAACACCAGAUGUGCCUACCCUAUCGAUUUCAUUCCAUCUGCCAAGAUCCCAUGUUUGGCUGACACCCACCCUACCAACAUUAUCUUGUUGACAUGUGACGCUUCCGGUGUGUUACCUCCAGUUUCCAAGUUAACCAACGCUCAAGUCAUGUACCACUUUAUUUCUGGUUACACCUCCAAGAUGGCCGGUACCGAGGAAGGUGUCACUGAACCAACUGCCACAUUCUCUGCAUGUUUCGGUCAACCAUUCUUGGUUUUGCACCCAAUGAAGUACGCCCAACAGUUGUCUGACAAGAUCUCACAACACAAGGCCAACGCUUGGUUGUUGAACACCGGUUGGGUUGGUGCUUCUGUUGCCAGAGGUGGUAAGAGAUGUUCCUUGAAGUACACCAGAGCCAUCUUGAACGCUAUUCACUCCGGUGAGUUGGCCAAGGUGGAUUACGAAGUAUUCCCAACUUUCAACUUGAACGUUCCAACUUCGUGUCCAGGUGUUCCAUCAGAGCUCUUGAACCCAACUAAGGCAUGGACUGAAGGUGUCGACUCUUUCAACAAGGAAAUCAAGUCUUUGGCUGGCAAGUUUGCUGACAACUUCAAGAAGUACUCUGAUCAAUCCACCGCAGAAGUUAAGGCUGCUGGUCCAGAUGUUUAAGUUUUGUAUUUAUUGGGUUGGUAAUUAUUUAUUUAUAUAGUCAUUAAAGUUUCAUUAUAUUUAUAAACGUUGACUAAUGG